CAGAAAACUCUCGAAGUUUCCACUCGGAUUAAAAAGGAGCUGUGUGGCCAUAUCGUCCUGUAAGAAUCGUCAUUUUGUCGUUUGUGGACGGUUUCAACUGGAGUUGUCAAAAUGGGCAAAGAUUACUACGGCGUUUUGGGAAUUAAGAAAGGAGCGUCGGAGGACGACAUAAAGAAAGCUUAUCGUAAACAGGCUCUUCGUUAUCACCCCGACAAAAACAAGUCCCCGGGAGCCGAGGAGAAAUUCAAAGAAAUUGCCGAAGCAUACGACGUUCUGAGCGACCCAAAGAAAAAAGAUAUUUACGAUCGUUUCGGAGAAGAAGGACUGAAAGGCGGCGGAUCCUCUGGUGGUGGUGGUGGUGGUGGACCUGGCACUUUCAGCUACACCUUCCAGGGUGACCCUCAUGUUAUAUUUUCAGAAUUCUUUGGUGGACAUAACCCUUUUGAACAGUUUUUUGGUGGCCGUAAUGGAGGCAUGGAUGAUGAGGAGAUGGACACUGAUGACUCAUUUGCACGCUUUGGUAUGGGUGGUCCUGGAAUGGGUGGUUUCCCCCGGUCAUUUAGUUCUGGCCUUGGAGGACUGGGAGGUCACAGCAGUGUUGUGAAGAAGGAGCAGGACCCCCCUCUAGUUCGUGAUCUUCAAGUGUCCUUGGAGGAAGUGUUGUCUGGUUGCACCAAAAGAAUGAAGAUCUCUCGUAAACGACUGAACCCUGACAGGCGAACGGUGAGAACAGAGGAAAAGAUUCUUGAGGUGCAGAUAAAGAAGGGAUGGAAGGAGGGCACGAAAAUCACAUUUUCCAAGGAGGGUGACGAGACGCCCACCAACAUUCCAGCUGAUGUGGUCUUUCUUUUAAAAGACAAGCCACACCCAAUGUUUAAAAGAGAUGGCUCAGAUGUGGUUUACACAGCCAGGAUCUCCCUCAGAGACGCCUUGUGUGGUUGUACAGUCAAUGCACCCACAUUGGAUGGUAGGACAUUGACUGUGUCAACAACUGAUAUCGUGCAGCCAGGGAUGAAGCGGCGUAUCAGUGGUGAAGGGCUGCCUUAUCCCAAACGCCCUGAUCGUCGUGGCGACCUGUUGGUGGAGUACGAGGUGAAGUUCCCUGAACGGCUCAGCCAGAGAGCCCGUGAGACCAUCGCUGAGGUUCUCCCAAGAUCUUAAACAAGCAGGAAAUUGAAGACUUGUGUAGAAUCUCAUACAAUUAACUUUAUUUUUUUUUUAAUUCACACAUAUGUGGUCUGGAGUUGGACACUGCAGGACAAAGUCAUAAGACUGAUUGCUGUGUGUCUAGGCCAGCGGUGUCCAAAGAUGUUCCAGAAAGGGCCAAGAGGGUGCAGGUUUUCUUUGGAACCGCUGACUCCACCAAGUGAUUUCACUGAUUUCACAUCACUUUUAGCAGAUGGGAUGAGUUCAUCAGUGAAACCAGCUGGUGGAGUCAGCAGUUGCAAAGAAAACCUGCAUCCUCUUGGGCCUUUUUGAAACAUCUUGGGACACCGCUGGUCUAGGAUAUUACUUUGACAACCACAGUGUGAAUUCAGUCAAUGGGAAAAUGUUUACUGUGAUUGUUUGUCAUUUCACAGGUAAAAUGUAAACAUGAGCAGUGUUUGUUGGUUUAUUCACUGUAUAGGGUUCCAUUUUGAAGCAUAUACAUCUUGUAUUAUAUAAAAUAAGAAGUACAUGCUGUAUUUUGUGGGAAUCUUCUGUUUGUAAUAAAAGUUCU